AUGAGUUCAUUACAAUUAAACGAGGAGACACUUGAGGAUUUCUACAAUCUGAAAACUUUAGAUCCACAGACAUCGUGGAAGGAUGAUUCAAACUAUGUAUUUGAUUUAAAUAAAUGGAAUAAUGUAGUACCUGACUCUGACAAUUCUUACGAUGUUUUAAAAGAUCUUAUAUCUCAACAAAAGAGAUUUAACGAACAAAAAAAUUCAACUGCCUCUAGGGUCCAGACACAAGAUCAUCUAAGAGAUCCACUAAAUAAUGAAUAUAUUGCCAAUUCAUUACAACAAUUAGAUAUUAAACAAGAUAACGAUAUUUCAGCAUAUAUGAUCAACGAUAAAAAGUUUGUUGUGAACAAAUUUUUAAGAGAUGUGCAUAACAAGGAUACCUUUGAGGAUUUAAAUCAAUCUCUCAACAAUUUGGAUUCUAUCAUUGAAGAUCAAUCACAAGAUCUAAAGUCUCUCGUUCAAGAUAACUUUACAAGUUAUGUUAAGAUAAAAAAUAGGUUGGAUAAAAUUUACAAUCAAUUUGCCCAAAAUGUUAAUGAAAAUAAUGAACAAGAUAAUGAUAACCUUAAUAUUAAUCAACUUGGGGAAAAAGUGGAUGAAUCAAUUAGAAUUACAAAUAUGAAAUUAAAACCGAUCAUGGAUACUUCUACUAAGAUGUCAAAUUUUAAGAUGACAAAACAAUUUAUUGAAGAUAAUAAACAAUUUUUUGAUCUCCCAAAAACAUUAAAGAAGUGCUUAGAGAAAAAAGAUUUUUCAAGUUUUAUUUAUAACUAUUCUAAGGGGCAAGAAAUGAUGCAAAAAUUCAAAUUAUACGGUAACUUAAAUACCAAACCAGAAUCUGAACAUGCAAAUAAUGACGAAGCAGAUUCUAUCGGCCAAUCAAAUAAAGUACCAAAAGUGAUAGAAUUAAUAUGGAACCAAGUAGAAAGUACAAUUGAUAGCUACAGAAAAGAAACCUGGGAAAGUUUAUUAACAAAUCCUGGUUCAAUUAACAUGGAACCACAGGAAAUUUUCUUGCCCAUGAUAUCGAAAUUAUUGGAUCUUAAAGAAGAAAAUAACCCAAUUCUAAAAUGGUUUGAUUUUUAUUCUGCUAAUUUCGAACAAGAGUUGAAUAAGAUGUCUGAUCAUCUUUUAGUUAAAAUUGUAGAGGCCCAGAAAAGAAUAUUGCACAUUGGUAUUGAUGACAGCGAUGAUAUCGAUGGCGUUAACCUAUCUUAUUAUCUUUCCAUUGACAAAUUGUUUAAACCAAUAGUAUACUCUUCUUUAAAAAAUGACCAGAGAGAAGGCUCAAACAACAACAUAUAUGACUCGUAUAUCAAUAAUAGUACUGAAAGUGUGAUUAGUAAAUCAAAUGAUACAUCAUCUAAUAACAACAUCGUAGCCUACCAUGGCCUAACAGACACCUCAGUUAUUGUCGAAAUGUGGCUUUUAAUAUUACGUUACAUCAAAGAAUUUGAGGAUAUCUCAAACAAGUUUAUUCAAUUUUGGCAACACACAGAAAAUUUCUUAGAUGGGACAUAUCAAAAUGUGAUAAUCAAUGACAAGAAGAAAGACAAUAUUUUAAUCGGUGAUAAUAGAACAAUUGAUAACUUCAGAAGAAUUUUAACUUUAUCAAAGGAAGACAUCAACGUGAUAAGAACAAAAGGUGACAAUUUUAUCAGAUUAAUUUUCAAAAAAAUGUUAUAUUUCUUCCAAUCAUCUCAGACUUCCCUAUCAAAUUUCACACCUGGAGGUUCUGUUUCACCAGACGCCCCCAAUUCAGCUAAGGUUGUAAAAGAUUCAGGUUCCCCACUGGAUUAUGGAUUCAUACCCCCAAGAGCAAACGGUUUAGGGUGUGUUAGAUAUUUACUUUUGAUAUUUGAACCCUUUUUAAAAUUUACCACACAACUGGCUCAGUUAGGUAUAAGCACAAAUACCGUAGACAUGGCCAGAGAAUUAGUAUCCUUAGCUAUUGACAGAAGCAUUGGUGCAAUUUCGUCCACCAAGUUAAGAGAUAUAUCUAAUUUUUACAAACUUGAGGACUGGGAAGUUUACAAAUCGGUUACAGAAGAGACUGAUGAUCUGAAUUCAACAGAUCUAAUAGAAUAUGGUGUUACCCAAUUCCCAGAAAUUGUGCUUAUAGUACAACAGUACAGUAUCAAGGUGUUGAGAAGCUUUUUAUUUUCGUUUGAAAAACUUCCCAUUAUCAAUGGCAUUUCAAUAGUUAAUUACCCAUCCAAACAAAUUUUGACGGGGAUCGAGGUACAACAGAUAAUAUCAAUGGAAGCAGUGUUAGAAGCUAUCCUGAAGAAUGCUGCAAAGGAUAAAGAUAACCCCAGAAAUGCUCAUACUAUUUUGACAUUAACCAACUUACAAUAUAUAAGAGAAUUCACCUUUCCAACAAUCCUAAGAUAUUUUGAUGAGUCCUUUGAGUGGAGUUUAAGUUCCAAACCACUUGAAAUUUUCAAUCUUUUAGGUAAGAUGGAAUCUUCAAUAUUUGGGAACUAUUUAUCUGAUUUGAAAAUUACACUAAGAAAUGUACUGGAAGAGAGGUUCCAUCAAAUUAGUUGGUCAAACUAUUCAUCGAACUCAUUUAGAGUUAAUGAUUAUAUUAUCGAGGUUCUAAUGGUACUUAUUAAUGUACAUAGUGAAUGUUUUAGAAUUGGGCCUCAAUUAAUCAACCGAAUAAUUAAGGAAACCCAAGUCUUUAUCUCCAGGUACUUGUUUGAAUCCUUCAAGCCUUUUAUUGGUAAUUUAUCUUCCGAUGGGUUAUUACAAAUGACUGUUGACAUUAAAUUCUUUGAAAAUGUGUUGGGUUCGUAUCUAGAAAAGGAUACGGAAGUCACCUUGAAUGCUUGUCUACAAAACUGUUUCCAAAACAACAUAGAUAGACUUGAAAGAUGCAUUUCUGAAACUGAACCAAUUGUAGAUUCUAACUUAGAAAGAACUCGGAUACAAUUUGCGGCUUUCAACUAG